AUGGACGACAGCUUGCUACAAGCGAAAACAAGCAUUCCGAUUCCUAAAAUUCUUGACUGGAGCGACGAUGCGGCAAACAGUAUUGGAAGCGAAUACAUAAUCAUAGAUCAUGCGGCUGAUGCUAUCUACAGAAAGCUUAGGGAGACGGCCGAGAUCAACUUUCCGGCAUAUGGAAGUUUAUAUUUUGUAAUAACGCUAUUCGAGCCUUCCUCUAGGCUACCGCUAGAUGGAGACUUCUGCAUCGGACCCCAUUGUGGAACAAGGUACUGGAGUUACGGUGACCACAGGUACUACCAGCAUACAGUUCCCAACCAAGGCCUAUCCUCAUUGAUGCAGGAAUUUCAAGGAUUCCGCCUAGGGAAUCUCAACUUCCAAAUCGACCAUCCUAUCAUGGAUCAGUACAGACACAUUUAG